CUUUCUCUUUUGCAUAGUAUGAAUUUCAUAAGGAAAAAACCAAGUGCUCCUCUGGAUGAUUUGACUGAUCUAUACAACGAAACAGCGAACAAAACCAUUUACAACUUAGGAUUAGAGCAAAAGAAUGAAUUGAAAAAAGCUGUACAAGGUUGGAAGGCACUCCAUACUCACGUUUUGUUCAAAUUGGACCUGAUUGAUAAGGCUUACUCCGGAUCAAACUAUUCUGCUGAUGAAAUUUAUCUAAGAGAAGGAAUUGAAGACUUAGAUAGAAAAGGUUUGAGACACCUCGAUAGAGUUAAUCGAGCAUAUGACGAUUUGGUUAAUAAAUAUGAAAUGAGACAGAAUCUCCCUCAACAGAAUCAGCAACAACAGCAACCAGCUCAAUCUUCAUCCAGAAUGUUGAAAACUUUGAGGCCUGAAAGACCCCAUAAGUUCAAUUCAAAUCAUAAUUACGCCAACAAACCUUCAGAAUUAUCCAAAAUCGCAGCCACAACCAUGUAUUACCAACCUUCCAAACAAAACUGGUCAACUUCCAAAAGCUUGAACUCAUCAUCCACUUCAGCUUUCAACAAAAGUCAUAAUCCUGAUGAUAUAUUUGAUCAAAGUUUUGAAGAUGUUGAUUUUGAUUUGAAAACUUUGAAAAGAGAUGAUGCCUUUUCCCAAUUAGAAGCUACUGGCACACAAUCGCAACUGGCAAGAUCCAAACCUAAUGAUGAAGUUGCUUCUCAAUUUGAAAAAUUAAGAAUUGAUUCGCCUUCCAAAAGAGUAACAUCUGGCUCAAGUAAGCCUGGCUUCCCAUCAGUGGUGCAUUCAACCCCUAAUUUAAUUGAUAUUGAUGGAAAGGCACAACCGGCUACCAAACCAACUACAACAUCAACAACACCCAGAAGAACUAUACCGACCACUACAGCAAAGCCUUCAGCUACUGCACGAACAACUAGACCUGGCGUUAAAGCGGCAACUAAUCCAACUACAACUCAGGCUGCUAAAAGGGCUGUUAAGCCAACAUCAACUUCCACUACAACAAGACCAGCAGUAAAAACAACAAAAUCAUCAACCACGAAACCUCAGACAACAAAAUCUUCAACUCCAAGAUCAAGAUCUCAAUCUCCAAUCAGAGGUGAAACAAAAGAUACUGAAACAAUAAGUUCAAAUGAAGAAGAAUCUGAUGGAUUUGCAGAUGAGUCCCAAUUAAGCGAAAAGGAAAUUAGAGAAAAAAUGGAAGAGCAAAUCAUUUCAGAGAUUAGAGGUAUAGACCAUGGAGCUGCUAAACAGAUUUUUAAUGAAAUUGUUGUUCACGGUGAUGAGGUCCAUUGGGAUGAUAUUGCUGGUUUAGAAACUGCUAAAAACUCUUUGAAAGAAACAGUUGUGUAUCCAUUUUUGAGACCAGAUUUAUUCUCGGGAUUGAGAGAACCAGCUAGAGGUAUGUUGUUAUUUGGACCUCCUGGUACUGGUAAAACAAUGUUGGCUCGUGCUGUUGCUACUGAAUCUAAGUCCACAUUUUUCAGUAUCAGUGCAUCUUCUUUGACUUCAAAAUUUUUGGGUGAAAGUGAAAAAUUAGUUCGUGCUUUAUUUAUGUUGGCUAAGAAAUUAUCACCUUCAAUUAUAUUUGUUGAUGAAAUUGAUUCUUUGUUAUCAUCUCGUAACGAGAGUGGUGAACAUGAAUCAUCAAGAAGAAUCAAGAAUGAAUUUUUAAUCCAAUGGAGUGAUCUAACACAUGCAGCUGCCGGAAAAGAUACUGGUGAAGAUCUACAGCGUGUCUUGGUUUUAGCUGCUACUAACUUACCUUGGGCAAUUGAUGAAGCUGCUAGAAGAAGAUUUGUUCGUCGUCAAUAUAUUCCACUACCUGAACCUGAAACAAGACAAGCCCAAAUAAUCAAGCUAUUAGCACAUCAAAAACAUACGUUAGAUGAGAAAGAUCAAUUGAAAUUGAUUGAAAUGACUGAUGGGUUUUCAGGGAGUGACAUAACUGCAUUGGCAAAAGAUGCAGCCAUGGGCCCAUUAAGAUCACUUGGUGAUAAAUUAUUAUCAACAGCAAGGGAUGAAAUUAGACCUAUAAAUUUAAGUGAUUUCGAAAGUUCAUUGAAAUAUAUUAGACCAAGUGUUAGUAAAGAAAAUUUAAGCGAGUUUGAAGAUUGGGCUUCAAAGUAUGGAUCAUCUGGUGUUUAA